AACCAACACACAGUGAAUAGGUGAUGUGAGAGACCGAGUUAAGUAGAUAUUAAAGACCUUACCAAGCUCACUAGGCUUACCAAGGUAACUUCAGACAGAUUUUUUUUAAAUAUUUUUUUGAGAGAAGGGAGAAGAAAAUGUGUUAAUUAGUUGGUUUAGAAAUGAUUACACUGGUCUAUUACGUAAUUUAAUUACAAAUAAAUAUUUUACAAAAUUACAGAAUUUUAUCAAUGGACCUCUUCUUCAGUUUGUGAAAUCUAUUCAAGCAUUUUUAAAAACAAUUCAGGGUAAAAGUAUUUACAUGUUUUGUGUAUGCUUAAAUCAAAUUCGAAAAUGUCUUUUGAUUUAUGAAACAACAAUGUUUGAACAAAAUACUAUUCAAGGUUUUGAAAAUGUAUAUAUGCUUUUAUUUUAAAAUAUUUAUUUAAAAAAUAUGAAAAAAAAUAUUAUAUUAAUUUAAUUAUUUAUUUCAUUAUUUUAUUAUUAGGUUUUAAGUAUGUAUUUGAUUAAAAGGAUUCAAAAAUGUUUGUAUAAGUUAGAAGAAUAUUUGGGUACAUUUGAUUUAAACGACGUAGAUGAACAUCCAGGAAUAUUCAUCGAUAGAAUGAACAUUGUUUUAAGUGCAUUAAACAACAAAGAAAAUAUUGAAUCUAAUAAACUGAAUAUUGAAAAAAUAUUAUUUCAAGCAAUAAUUAUUGCUAAAGUUUCAGAUAAAAUAGACAACUUAGAAAUCACAUCUUUGUCUAAACAUGUAUAGAAAAAUCAAUAUUUUUGUAAUACUUUAAUGUUUAAAAUUAACGAUAAUUUUUUAAAGGUUUUAAGUGCUGUUCAGGGGUUUGAAAAUACCAAUGUCAAUGAUAUGAAUAGUUUUUUCCAAUUUGAUUCUUUAUCUUCUUCAUUAUCUAUUCUCGAAAGACGAAUUAAUACAGCUGUAUUGCAUCUUAUUUUUAAGGUACAGUAAGUAUAUGAGAUGGUCAAUGGUCAUUUUUUUUUUUUAUCUGUUGAAGGGACAAAUCCUACUGACAUAUGAAAUUCAUCACUAUAGAAAAUAUUCUAUAUUUAUAAUUUGUAUUACCAUUAUAUUUUGUAAUAAUUUAUGUACCUAUUCAAUGUUUUAGAUUUUUAACGAUCCAUUUUGUCUAGUUAAACAACUAAUAAAAACAUGUGGAAAUUCUGUUAAUAUCCAAUUUAGAGAUUCAUCUGAUUUAUCAAGUAUGAUUUCUGAUUUAGAUAAAUCUACUGAUGUAUUAAUUCAAAUCGGGUUAUUUUCUGUAGCUUGUUGUAAAAAUAACGAAUGUGAGUCAAAAGCAUUGAAUGAUUUACUAACUAUUUAAAUAAAAAUUACAAUUAAUUAUAGAUUACAAUUAAUAACAUUUACUAUACAGUAAUUUAUUUUUUAAAAAAUUGAGUAAAGCUCUAUUUACACACAACAGUGGUGUAGCCAGAGAGGCUUUUGAGUAUUGUAGUUAUUCAUAUUGGUUUUUCUUUUUGCUAAGAUUAAGAAGGUUAUAGACUCCUAAAUUUUUCAUUUAUAAAUCCUAGCUACAUCACUGUUUACAUGACAGUGCUGUGAAUAUUUUGGGAUUCCACCUGCCGUAAUUUCUAUUCACACUUGUCAGUGUUUUAUCUGGGAUUGGUAUAGUGAAGUAUAACUUUUUUGAAAAAUUCAAUAUUUCAUUAAAAAUCACAGUCUGCAGAAAUAAUCAUCCGCAAGAAAUCUCCCAAUCACUGAGUACUAAUGACGACAGAACUGCUUGUAACUACAGUCACACACUGAACAAGUGAGAAUAACAAGCUUACUAUUCUUUUGAAAAUGCUAUUAAGAUCGCCCAGAGAAAUAUUGAAACGGACACAGUACUGUCAUGUCACUGCUAUGUGUAAAUAGACAUUUAAUCUACCUAGAUUUGUAUUUAAAUUUACAACAUAUUGAUUAAUUAUGUUAAUUAAUUAACAAAAUUAUGUACAGGGUGAUCAAUCUAUCGUAAGACACUUAUCUCAUAAAGUAUUAACCUGUUUUCGAAAUUUUUUUUAUAAAACAUUUAAGAAACAAGCAGUUUUACAAUUUCACAAUGUGGCAGCAUAGUAAGCAACGUUUUAAUUAUGCACUACCAUUCUCCUCCGACUCAAAUUUAUAAGUUGAAUAUCUUGUCAACAGAUUGACAGAAAUUAAAAAUAUCAACACCAAAAUUUAUUUUAGUAAAUACUUCAUCUAUUCAAAAAUAUAGGCUGCCAUUUUAAAAUAAAAAGUAGGUAGUGGUUUAACCUCCUAAAGAAAGGUAAAAAAAAAUAAAAAUUUAAAACUUUCUGAGACAAUAAGUGUCUUAUACUAUAGAUUGAUUCCCCUGUAUAUAUUCUGCUUCUUCAUUUAUAUGAAUUAUUUUAAUAUUUUGGUUUAUAUAGAUGUUAUUCCUUUGAAAUGUUGUAUAUCAAGCUUAGAGCUUUUAGACAGUGAUAUGGUACCGGCUAUAAUUGAGUUUUAUUUGGAUCCAACUUCUUUAGUGAAAAAAACCUUUUUAAAGAUACUUAUAAACCACUGGGUUUGUGAAAUUUGUGAAAUACAAAAUCUUCUAGACAAAAUAAUUGACCCUUUCGCAUAUAUACAAGUAAGUUUUCUACAAUUUAAUUUUUUUAAUUAUUUAAAUUACCAAAUUCAAUUUUUAAUUAGACAACCGUUGAAACUUCUGUGGAUAUUUUUGAAACAAUUAUUAAAAGCAAUUCCAAAAUCAAAAUUGAUUUAUUUUUGAAAUUGUUAAAUGGUUUUGUCAAUUUUACAAAGUAUAUUGAAAAAAUAUUUGUUACUGAAAUGUCUAAAGAUAAUGAUGUAUUUAAAUUCUUUAAACAAUACAAAAAUGGUAGGUAAUAAUUUAUUUUCUUAAAUAUAUAUAUAUGAUAACGCAUUUUGAUUAUGAAAAAAAUAAGUAAACAUUUUAUUUUAGCUUUGGAAGAAUACAAAUCAUGUUUAAUUUUUACUCAACAAACAAAUUGUGAUCAUAAUGGCAUAUCUGCAAACAAAAAAUUACUUAAAAGGUGUGAAAUUGUAAUUAAAUACUUAAAGAAUAUUCAAAAUUCAGUUUGCAAUAUCCUGGACAAUAAAAGCUGUAAGAUAUAUUUUAAAUAUUUUUUUUUUACUAUUAUCUGGGUUUGGAAGUUAUAGCACUAAAAAAGUUUGUUUUUAGCACUUAAAUAUACUUUGAAAAACAUCAAAAUAACCUAAAUAAUCUAAAAAUUAGAUAAUAUGCUAAACAAAAAAUAUUAUUUCUGAAGAAAUGUUUAAAUGUAAUUGAGUUUUUAAAUUUUUCAUUAUUUUAUUAGAAUAUGGCAAUAGCCGAUUUUCAACUAAUGUAUAAAUAAUUGUACUUUGUAUGGAUCUAGAUUAUUUUCUGUUAACAUAAAUAUAAAAAAAAUUUAAUUAUAUUAGGGUAUGAAAAAACAAACAACCAUACUUCGUAUGAUGGGAGGUGCCACUGUUGUAGGUGAAUAGUUGGGAAAGUCAAGGGAAAAUUUAAUAUAUAGUGUGCCCCCUACCGUGUUCAAUAGAUUUUUCUAGCACUGUUAAUAUUAAAUUUUUUUUUUUUCAUUUGGUUUGUCUUUGGGGAAGACAUUGAUUUGGAGAAAAAUUUAAUUUUUAUUCUCAUCCCUUAAAGAUAAAAAAACAAAUAACUUUAUUUGUUCACUUUAGAAAAUGUUCAAAAUGGCCAUUUUAUAAAAAAUAUUCAAACAAUUUUGGUGUAUCAUACAUUUAUAUCCAAUGAAUAAUUUCUUAGUUAUAGUUUUAAUUAGGCGUGACAACAAUUAACUUUAAUAUUCAAUAAAAUAACACGUUAUGCAAUAAGGCAUUACAAUCAACACGAUAGUUCUUUACUUUCUAUUGAAUAUUGAUUGUUUUCAUGCCUAUUUUCUAGAAAUUAUAACAAAUACUAUUCAUCUAAUAUGAAUGAUACUUAAACAUUUUUAGAACAAUAUUUUGUACGUAAUUACUAUUUUGAAAAUUUUCUUAAGUGAAUAAAUAAAAAGUUAUUGUUUUUUUUAUGGUCAGGGAAUGAAAAUGAAAAUUUUUCUUUACACCAAGUCAUUGCGAUUUAAAUCUUCAGGCCUCUAAAAUUUUUAAAUGUUUCUGUGUCAGUUAACCCGUUUAAUAUUUUUAACAACACCAAGAAACCGCAAUUAUUUUUCAGAACUUGUUCAAAUUUCUUUUGAAUAACUUUUCUACGUUGAUCACGUAGAGUUUCAAAAACUAUUUUUAAAUAUAUUGAACUUUCUUAUAAAUAUGAAAUCUAAAUCGGAUUAUCCUAUGCAACCAAAACAAUUUUGAAAAUAACCAAAUUAUUGUUAACAAACAUAAUUAUGUUUAAUUAUGUUUAAUUAUGUCCAAUAACAACCAAUUAUGACUAUCUUCUUCGGAUGAAUUUAGUCAUACUGUUUGAUAAUUAAAAUUUUUCAUUGUAUAAAAACAUGGCAAAAAUAACACUUAAAACUCAGAAUUAUUCUUUGAGAAAAUCAAAAAAUGACUUUGCUAAUGUACCAUCCCAAGAAAAUUUCCUUUCUCGAAAAGAGUCUACAUUGUAUACAUUAGAGUAAGUUUUCUAGUAGAAAAAUUGUUUACAUAAAAAAUAAAAUCUUUGUAAAAUUAAUACAUUCUUAAUAAAUAUAUAUAUAUUAAAAUAUAUAUAUAUAUAAAUAGAACUACUAAAAACUACUAAAUAUUAAUUUUUCUCAAAUUGGCAUAAAAGAGACUUAUGGUGUUUUUUUUAGAACGACAGUAUACAGUUCACUUAUCUAAUCUAGUCUAGGAGAAAACCCAUAUAACAGUGUAUCAAAUUUACUACCUAUAUUUAACAGAUUAGUGAAAACCAGUAGUCCUUUCAAAUGCUGCGGCACGCAAUUUAGACCUAUUACAGAAUAUAUGUGUACGCAACUCAGUCAUUGACCAACAUCACAUUUUUUGGUCACUCAAUUCAAAUUCAGCUGUGUAUGCGUAUAGAUUUAUUUUUCAUAUUCAAUAUAGUUAACUAGAAAUAACUGCAAUAAAAUUUUACAGUUCAACGAUUUUUAAAUACUUCUAUGAUGUCUUGCAUUUUUUUUGUAUGUACAAUGUAUUUAUAUAUUUAUUAGUACCUAGUUGUCUAAAAUAUUAUUUUCACACUCUAAACUCUUUUCAACAAAUAGUAAAAGAAAAAACAUGAUUGAAUUUAUAUCUUUAAUAAAUUAAUCUAUACCAAAAAAUAAAUUCAUAACAUAUUUAUUUGAUUAUAAAACUAAUUGGUAUACAUUUCUUGAAACUGAAAUGUAAACAUAUUAUAAAUUAUAUGCAAAUAAUAAAAUAAAUAACAUUCUCUAAAUGAAACUUUCAAAUUUUUGUUUAGUAUCAGAACUUGAAAACACUAAUUAUAUUCUGUCAAAAACAUUGCAUCCUUCCAUGACAUUAAACAAUGACACUAUUGAUGAUUAUGAUGAUUUGAAUUUAAUAUUUUCAACUACUCAAGUUCAAAAAUCAUUCUACAAUAUAUCAGAUCGAAAAAAAUUAAAAUUGGUUUAUCCGAAACAUGAUUAUUUAACUAAUGUUGAUGAAACUACUUAUGGAAAUACUAUUACUAUGGAUCUCACUAGUAAAUUUAAAAUUUUUAUUAAUUAUUGUUAAUUCAAAAUAUUAUACUUUGAGCCAUGCCCAUAUUUAAAUAUAGUAAUAAUUACCAUAAAACAUUUAAAUAUGCAACCAUUUAUACAAUUUUUACAAUAAUUAUGUUUUAGAUAUCUUAGAUAAUUUUAUUGAAACAUUGAACAUAAACAGUAAAACUGCAGUUAAUGUAUGGGAUGAAAUAGGUAUUGACAUGCCUACAAGAAUAAAUAACCAUGGAAAUAUUGGUAGUAUAAUUUAGAAUUAUUAAAAUACUUGUUUAUUAUAAUGAUUAUAAAAAACCAUGUGUGUGGUGUUGGUGUAGUAUAAUUAAUACAUUAAUGUAUAUCUAGUUUUUUUAAAUAAUUGUGUCUAAUUUAAUGUAUUUAGUGAAUAAAGACAGCAUACUAUGCAUAUUAUGCUCUUCAAUCUUUUUUUGACUAG